UAUUCUUAAAUAUUAAGGUAUGAUGAAAGAAACGAAAAUUAUUGUACGAUGAUAAGACAAGUGUUUCGACCCAUGCCUUAGUUCCUCGCAAAGCCAUUCAAUGUUUGUACUGAACCAAAUUAAUGCUUUCCACAUUUUAUGUGUUUUUUAGCAUAACUAACUCAAUUUUCCAGUCUUUAUAGCCAUCUUCCACCUCUUCUUCAUACCAUCACUCGGUCGCAGUUUUUUAUCGAUAAAAAAAAAAACUAUCUUAAAAAAACUCAAAAGGAAAAAAUAAAAAUGCUGUCUUUGCAAUUGUCUGUGUGCACAUUUCUUGUUCUUGUUCUAUCAUUUUCAUCCACAUUGCAAAGUAGGAAUAUUAAGCCGGAAAUUUAUCCGACAAUCUAUGUUGAUCCGUCGGGACGAGGCAAUUUCACUACAGUACAAGCUGCUAUCGAUUCUGUGCCUUCGUAUAACAAAAGAUGGACUUGUAUACACAUCAAGAAAGGCGUAUACAGAGAAAAAGUUCGAAUUCCGAAUAAUAAGCAAUUCAUUUACCUAAAAGGAGAAGGGAAACGAAAAACUUACAUCGUUUGGGACGAUCAUGAUUCUAUUGCAACAAGCGCCACCUUCACUUGUCAGGCUAAUAACACUAUUGUUAAGUGCAUCACAUUUGUGAAUUCUUACAACUAUCCAAAUAGUGGUAGCUUGAAUAAUAAUAAUCCAAUGAGGACAGCUGUUGCAGCUGUGAUACAAGGAGAUAAAACGGUAUUUUACAGAUGUGGAUUUUUCGGUUUACAAGAUACAUUAUGGGAUGAACGAGGUCGGCAUUACUUCAAACUUUGCACAAUUCAAGGAGCAGUCGAUUUCAUCUUUGGCUCUGGCCAAUCCCUUUACGAGAGGUGUACAAUAUCAGUGGUUUCGAGAGCUCUAAAUGGAAUCCCAGGAUACAUAACAGCUCAGGGAAGAUCUCAUGCAGAAGAAACGAACGGGUUCGUUUUUAAAGACUGCAACAUAGUUGGAAACGGAAAGACGUUUCUUGGAAGGCCUUGGAGAGAAUACGCACGAGUCGUGUUUUACAACACUUCUAUGUCUGACAUUGUUGUUCCUCAAGGCUGGGAUUCUUGGUUCAGCGUUGGCCGCGAGUACCAACUGACAUUUGCGGAGCAUAAUUGUCGGGGUUUAGGAUCAAACACGUCAAAGAGAGUGAAGUGGGCAAAGAAGUUAAGUGAAGGAGAAGUAGAGCAGUUAACAAGAAUGUCAUAUAUUGAUAAUGAAGGAUGGAUGAGUAAGCUGGCUUUCAGCUUUUUAGCUGCUUAAUUAAAAGCUUGCUGUUAUUCUCCAGAAUAUACAUAUCAUUAAUUAUUAUCUACUUUGAUUAAUUCUAUUUAAUUUUUACUGUUUAUUAUUUCUUUGGAAAUCAAUCGUCUCGUCGAAACUUGUGAUUACGAAUAGAAUAUCUAACCGUUUUCGUCUGUAUAAUUAUUAUAAUUCAACAGAGAUCCAAAUCGAGAAACUUCGACAUUCUUUAAGAAAAAUGAUUAAUAGUCGAGAAACCAAUAACUCGAUGCUUAACAAAUGUAUCAGCCGACAAUAACUCGUUCAAAUGUGACAAAAAAGAAAAAAA